UAUAUAGAAGCAAAUACGAAAAACAAGAAGUAUGGCUGAGUUUUCGUCCAUUGGAUUAGCUCUCAUUUUAGGACUAGUUUUGGCUUUAUUUCUUUUACGCUUUUUCUCAAGACACAAUCAUAAAAAUUUACCUGAUGGUAGCAUGGGAUUUCCCUUUGUAGGGGAAACUCUUUCCUUACUCAAGCCUCAUUCAUCAAACUCAAUGGGAACCUUCCUGCAAGAACGUGUUUCCAGAUAUGGGAAAGUUUUCAAAUCACAUCUAUUUGGUUCUCCAGCCAUAGUUUCUUGCGACCAUGAGCUCAACAUGUUUAUCCUUCAAAAUGAAGAGAGGUUAUUCGAAGCCAGCUACCCCAAGGCCAUGCACGAUAUUCUUGGAAGAUUCUCAUUACUUGUUAUCUCCGGAGACCUCCAUAGGAAGUUAAGAAAUUUUGUUGUCACCUUCAACACAGUGUCCAAGUCAUCCCCAAGAUUCCUUAAUUUUACAGAAAAUCUAGCAAUCUCAAUGCUGAAGUCAUGGAAAGGCUGUACAGAAAUCGACUUCCUUAAAGAUAUCAGAAAGCUUACACUUAGUCUCAUGGUGAAGAGCGUUUUGAGUAUUGAACCCGAAGAGCCAAGAGCCUUGAAGAUAUUAGAUGAUUUUCGAACUUACAUGAAAGGCUUUGUGUCUUUGCCAUUAAACUUCCCUGGAUCAUCUUAUUCCAAAGCUGUAAAGGCAAGAACAAGACUUGCUUCCACCAUGACAGGGAUUAUUAAUGAAAGGGAAAAGGAGAAGGUGGGGCUUAUUACAGAAGACUUCUUAGACGUGAUUUUGUCAAAACGAGGGAUUCUAACCGAUGGACAGAUUGUUAGCGUGGCGUUGGACAUCUUGCUAGGUGGCUAUGAGACAACCUCCACACUUAUAGCCUUAAUUGUUUACUUUCUUGGGCAUGUACCGAAGGCUUUUCAGACCUUAAAGGAAGAACAUGACGCAAUAAGAAAAAGUAAACAGGCUGGGGAACCCUUGGACAUGGAAGAUUACAGGAAAAUGGAGUUCACAAAAAAUGUUAUAUAUGAGUCUAUGAGAUGCGGGAAUGUGGUAAAAUUCUUACACCGUAAAGCUAUUCAAGAUGUCAAAUACAAAGAAUACUUCAUUCCAUCCGGUUGGAAGGUUAUACCUGUGUUAUCCGGCCCACAUCUUGAUCCAUCCCUUCAUGAAAGUCCUUUGAAAUUCAAUCCCUGGAGAUGGAAAAAUCAAGAGACUAGGAAAACAGUGAUGCCAUUUGGUGGUGGACCACGGCUAUGUCCAGGAGCCGAACUUGCCAAAGUGGAGAUAGCAUUUUUCCUUCAUCAUCUUGUCCUUAAUUAUAGGUGGAAAGUAAAAGAAGACGACUUUCCAGUUGCUUAUCCUUAUGUGGAAUUCCGAAGAGGCUUGCUACUGGCGGUUGAACCUGCACAGGAAGAGUUUAGAAAAUGAAGAUUUAACUAGCUUCGGCUUACGAAGGUUGCAUGUACUUGAAGGAAGUCUUACAAGCUACUAGGCCAAAUACAUUUAACGUAAAUUUUAGUCAUUUACAAAUAAAUAAGAUAGAAUUUGUAGUCGCGUUCGGAGGUGGCAAGGGUGUAGCUAACGUAGAUUUUAUUUUCAGCAAUUACAAGUAUUAAUGUGUAUCGUAUGGAAAUACUGUUGUGUGAAAUAUGCAAGAAACCGGCGAGGAUAUCACACCAAAAGAGAGGCAAUU